CUUCCCUCGCGGGGCGGCCGGCCGGAGGAUGCCGCUGGAUCACCGCCGCCUGCGGGGCCCCGAGGAGUCGCAGCCGCCGGAGGUGUGGGCGGCGGCGGCGGCGGAGGAGGAGGAGGAGGAGGAGGUGCGGGACCCAUGCGCCUUGCGGCCGCUGUUCGCGCGCGCAGGGCUGCUGAGCCAGGCCGAGGGCUCGGCCUACGUGGAGCUGGCGAGCGGCACCAAGGUGCUGUGCGCCGCCUGGGGCCCGCGCGAGGCGGCGGCGGCGGCGGAGCCGGGCGGCGCGGCGGCGGCGGCGGGGCGGUUAGUGUGCGAGUUCCGGCGCGCGCCCUUCGCCGGGCGCGGGCGGCGGGCGGCGGCGCGCGAGGCGGCGGCGGAGCGCGAGGCGGCGGCGGCGCUGCGCGAGGCGCUGGAGCCGGCGGUGCGGCUGGCGCGUUACCCGCGCGCGCGCCUCGCCGUCAGCGCGCUGCUGCUGCAGGACGGCGGCUCCGCCCUGGCCGCCGCCGUCAGCGCCGCCGCGCUGGCGCUCGCCGACGCCGGCGUGGAGAUGUACGACCUGGCGGUGGGCUGCGCCCUGUGCCGGCCGCCCGGCCCCGCCGCCGCCGCCUCCUGGCUCCUGCAGCCCAGUGAGGCCGAGGAGCGCCGCGCCGCUGCCCUCCUCACCGUGGCCCUGCUGCCCUCCCUCAACCAGGUGUCGGGGCUGCUGGGCUGCGGCCAGGGCGGCCCCCCUGACAGCUGGGCCCAGGCCCUGCGCCUCGGCCUCGAUGGCUGCCACCGCCUCUACCCCGUGCUGCGGCAGAGCCUCCUGCGCGCUGCUCGGCGCCGUGCCACCCCCUCCACUGCCUGAGCCGGCCUGAAGGGCCCCCUCUGCUGCCGCAGGCCCCAGAGGCCAGCAGAGCGGCCUUGUACUGCUAGAGCCCCCGGAUUUGUCCCCCUGCACUGCCAGAAGCCUCUCCGGAGCAGCCCCCCGCUGCCCGAGCCCACUGGAGCCCAGCCGAGCAGCCGCCUGCACUGCCAGAGACCCCAGAGCCUUCCUGAGCAGCCCCUCGCAGCACCGCAGACCUCCCAGAGCACCCCAGCUCCUGCCUGAGCAGCCUGUCCAUAUUGUUAGAGGCCCCCCCCACCUUGAGCGGUCUUCACACCACCUAAGCCCCCCCAAAGCAGCCACCCACACACACACACAUUGCCUGAGCUGCUGCAGAGUGGACCCCACAUCACCUCAGCUGCCAGAGCCUGCCUGUGCCCCCUUCCCCCCCCCCACACCACUGGAGUGCUCCUGGACCCCCCCCCCCAAGGGACUGCCCACACUGCUGAGAUCAGCUGCUUUAACUACUGGAUCCCCCCAAGAGCAUCCUCGCACCUGCUGGAGCCCCCCAGUCAGCCACCCGUGUUGCGGGAGCCCACCAGAGUCUACUAGGCCACCCUGGACUCACCAAGGCCCAAAGCUUGGCGGUGGCCCUGGUGCCAAGGAUGAGACUGCCAUGUCCAGCCUGUCCAUUACCAACACCCCACCACAACCAUUCACACAACAGGACUCGAGCAGCCCUGGCAGGAACCAUCUAUCACUACAGCCUGUGCGUUGCUUGGACUUUACAAGAGACUUGCCUGGACAGUGCUUCGGGGUGGUGGAGAGACAUGUUUUGGCUGUUUUUUGUUUUUUGUUUUUUUUAAUAUAUAUAAUAAACCCAGCUUUUCUGAUGA